CCCCCACACACACAUAUUUUAUAUAUAUACACACACACACACACAUAAGAGCAUUUCUACAACCGCAUCUCUACAACCAUUUCUGUAUGAACACCAUUUUCAUCUCUCUUCUCUCUCUCUACAUGUAUAGAUCAUACGCAUCUAUAAAUCAAUACUAAUAUUCGACACACACUCUCUCUAACAUUCUCGGGUUCUCUCUAAAAAAAAAUCAAAAUUUUGAGCUCUGUGAAAAUCAUCAAUGGCGGGAAACGACUGGAUUAACAGUUACCUAGAAGCCAUCCUGGACGUUGAUCCAGGAAUUGACAAUGCAAAAUCGUCGUUGCUGUUGAGAGAGAGAGGACGGUUCAGUCCCACUCGCUACUUCGUCGAAGAAGUCAUCACAGGCUUCGAUGAAACUGAUCUGCAUCGCUCCUGGGUUCAAGCUGCAUCGAUUAAAACCACAGAGGAAAGGAACACAAGAUUGGAGAACAUGUGUUGGAGGAUUUGGAAUUUGGCUCGUAAGAAGAAGCAGCUUGAAGGUGAGGAAGCUCAGCAUACAGCUAAGCGACAUCUUGAGCGUGAAAGAGGCCGCAGAGAGGCAACUGCUGAUAUGUCAGAAGACUUAUCAGAAGGAGAGAAAGGAGACUUGGUCAGUGAAAUCUCGGCUCAUGGUGAUAGCAACAGAGGAAGUAUGCGUAGGAUACAUUCUGUUGAUGUGAUGGAAAACUUGGCUAAUCCGAAUAAGGAAAAGAAACUCUACAUUGUGUUAAUAAGCCUCCAUGGUUUGAUCCGUGGUGAAAACAUGGAACUCGGUCGGGAUUCUGAUACAGGUGGUCAGGUCAAGUAUGUGGUAGAACUUGCCAGGGCCUUAGGCACAAUGCCCGGGGUUUAUCGGGUUGAUUUACUGACGAGGCAAGUAUCGGCGCCAGAUAUAGAUUGGAGUUAUGGUGAACCAACUGAGAUGCUGAAUCUGAUUAACUCAGAAAAUUCCAUGGAAGAAAUGGGGGAGAGCGGCGGUGCUUAUAUAAUUCGUAUACCAUUUGGCCCCAAAGAUAAAUAUGUUCCUAAAGAGCUGCUUUGGCCUUGCAUUCCUGAAUUUGUUGAUGGUGCACUUAGCCACAUUUUACAAAUGUCUAAAGUUCUUGGUGAGCAAAUUGGUGGUGGGAUACCAGUCUGGCCUGUUGCGAUUCAUGGACAUUAUGCAGAUGCUGGUGACUCUGCUGCUCUUCUGUCUGGAGCAUUAAAUGUACGGAUGCUUUUUACUGGCCACUCACUUGGAAGAGACAAGCUUGAACAACUUUUGAAACAAGGACGCCAAUCAAGGGAAGAAAUUAAUGCUACAUACAAAAUAAUGCGGCGUAUAGAGGCUGAGGAGUUGUCUCUUGAUGCCUCUGAAGUAGUUAUUACUAGCACUAGACAGGAGAUAGAUGAGCAAUGGCGUAUGUAUGAUGGUUUUGAUCCAAUACUAGAGCGCAAACUAAGAGCUAGGAUCAAACGAAAUGUGAGCUGUUAUGGCAGGUUUAUGCCUCGCAUGGUUGUAAUUCCUCCCGGAAUGGAAUUCCAACAUAUUGUUCCGCAUGAUGGUGAGAUGGAUUGGGAAACAGAAGGAAGCGAAGAUAACUCUGGGACUCCCCCACCUAUUUGGUCCGAGAUAAUGCGUUUCUUUAACAAUCCACGCAAGCCUAUGAUACUUGCGCUUGCCAGGGCAGACCCAAAAAAGAACAUUACAACUUUAGUCAAGGCUUUUGGUGAAUGUCGCUCGCUGAGAGAACUAGCUAACCUUACAUUAAUAAUGGGUAACCGGGAUGCUAUUGAUGAAAUGUCUAGCACAAAUGCAUCUGUUCUAGUUUCAAUACUUAAACUGAUUGACAAAUAUGAUCUAUAUGGUCAUGUGGCAUAUCCUAAACACCACAAGCAGUCUGACGUUCCUGAAAUAUAUCGUCUUGCAGCAAAAACGAAGGGUGUCUUCAUCAAUCCGGCUUUCAUUGAGCCAUUUGGGCUAACUUUAAUUGAGGCAGCAGCUUAUGGUUUGCCCAUUGUCGCAACAAAAAAUGGAGGUCCAGUUGAUAUUCAUCGGGUUCUUGAUAAUGGUCUGCUAGUUGACCCUCAUGAGCAGCAAUCGAUUGCUGAUGCUCUUCUAAAGCUUGUUGCGGAUAAGCAACUUUGGGCAAGAUGUAGGCAGAAUGGGUUGAAAAAUAUUCACCUUUUUUCAUGGCCAGAGCACUGUAAGACAUACUUGUCUCGAAUAGCCAUCUGCAAAUCAAGGCAUCCACAAUGGCAAAGAAGUGAUGAUAGAUGUGAAAUUUCAGAAUCAGAUUCACCCAAUGAUUCAUUGAGAGAUAUAAAGGAUUUAUCUUUAAACUUAAAGAUGUCACUUGAUGGUGAGAAAAAUGAAGGGAGUGGAACCAUAGACAAUGUUUUAAAUGCCGAAGAAAAUGCUCCUGAUGAAAAGAGCAGAUUAGAGGAUGCAGUUUUGUCCAAGGCUGCCAAAGGACAGCCACAAAAUGUUGGGUCCUCGGAGAAAACAGAGCAUAACAUAAGUAAGUUUCCCAGACUGAGGAGGAGGAAGUUCAUCUUUGUCAUUGCUGUGGAUUGUGAUACGAUGCCUGAUUCCCUUGAUAUCAUCAAAAUGAUUUGUGAGGCUGCGGGUGUGGACAGAAGUGCAGGCUCGAUAGGCUUUAUAUUAUCAACAGCCUCAACAAUAUCUGAGAUACAUUCUUUUCUGGACUCAGGAGGAUUGAGCCCUAUGGAUUUUGAUGCUUUUAUUUGCAAUAGUGGCGGUGAGCUUUACUAUCCCUCUUCGACUUCUGGGGAUAGUCCUUCCGGGCUUCCCUUUGUAGUAGACUUAGAUUAUCAUUCACAUAUUGAUUACCGUUGGGGUGGAGAGGGUUUGAGGAAAACUUUGGUACGUUGGGCUGCUUCUAUUAACGAUAAAAAGGGACGAGAAGGACAAGUAGUUGCAGAAGAUAAAUCAGGAUCAGCUGCACAUUGUUAUGCAUUCAAAGUGGAAAACCCAGCCUUGGUUCCCCAUGUGAAGGAACUACGGAAAAUGAUAAGAAUUCAAGCUCUGCGAUGCAACAUUAUUUAUAGUCAAAAUGGUUACAAACUGAAUGUGAUCCCUGUGCUGGCUUCUCGAUCUCAAGCCCUCAGGUACCUGUAUGUUCGAUGGGGUGUAGACUUGUCAAAAUUUGUCGUCUUCGUGGGAGAAUGUGGGGAUACUGAUUUCGAAGGAUUGCUUGGUGGAGUACACAAAACUGUGAUAUUGAAGGGAGUUUGCACUGGUGCGCGUAAACUUCAUAGUAACAGAAGCUAUCCUCUCGAAGAUGUUGUGCCGUUCAACAGCCCUAAUGUUGUUGAAUCCGAGGGUUGCAAUGGCAAUGACAUCAGAGCAUCACUAGAAAAACUCGGUAUUCGUAAGGCUUAGGAAAUUACAGGUGUUUUUGAGAGAGCCCAUAUCUUUUUGGUGGUAUGUAGAUGUUAAUAAGAUUUAGCUUCCUUUUUUGCUUUGAAAUCCAAUAAUUUCCCCAUAAUUCUCUUGAAUGUGCAUUCAUGGCCACUUGUUUGUGCUAAAUUUUUCGAAGAGUGUUUUCAGAAAAAUUAAACCAAACUGGGCAGUUUUUUCGCUUAUGCAAAUUUUCAGGGAACUCACCCUAAACCUUCAUCCGCUCGAAGAAACAUUUGAAGAUUGAAGAAAAUCCUUGAAGAAACGUCUACAUCUUCUGAAAGAAGAAGGUAUAGAAGAAGAAAAACCUAAAGAUGAUAUAGGUUGUCUACGUAUCCCGUCCUCUUCCAACGGUGAGGUUUUCAUUAGUUAUUGUUGAGUCAAAUGAUGCCUCAAGCUGGUUAUUUGUUAGCAAUCUAAUCUAACAUGGACUAUGAAUCUUCAAAUGUUUUUGGAAAGUGUUGUUUCUGCUGUACUUGGUCACGUCGAUCACUUGCUUACGUGUGAUACGACUGAUCAAAUCUCUUAGAUUUUCUUGCACAAUGAGUUCAGAAUCAUGCAUUCUUUACCUUUUGAUGAUUCAUCUAUGCAAGUCAAUCCAACUCGUGUUACCCAUUAAUCGGACGGUGUUGAUCGAUGAAGAUAAGUAUGGUGUGAUGCAUUUGUAUCAGGAUAUGCCAAUU